AUGGGUUUCGACCUCGGUGCGCCUGCCAAUACUGCUCUCUUCCUCUACAUCCUCUACUCUUUCCAAAAAAUCCUCCUCCCAUCUUCUUCUCCUCCAAAGUCUGUCCCAAACGAGUUCAAAGCCGGCUACUCAUGGAUGCCUAAAGCCCACCCACCCACGGUCCUGUUCAAGACGUACACACCGAAGACCCUGGAGCCGUUCAACGGAGUCGACGGUGGAAGGAUCCUACUAGCCAUUGACGGGACCGUGUUUGACGUUACUGCUGGCAGGAAUUUCUACGGACCGAAUGGAAUGUACGGAAACUUCGCUGGCAGAGAUGCCUCGAGGGGAAUGGCCAAGCAGUCAUUCGACGUCGAGAUGCUCACACCGAUCGACCAACCGCUGGAUAAACUCCAGGACCUUGCUAAGGAUGAAAUUGAGAAUAUGAGAGGGUGGGUCGAGCAUUUCACCAGCAAGUACAUCGUGUGUGGGAAGCUCGUUGAGAACGAUGCGUGA